AUGGAUGGACAAAAAUAUAUGAAUGAAGAAGAUUUUCUAACAGCCAUAGCACCGGGAGAAGAUUAUAAAGAAAUAAAAAAAGAAAUAUUUUCCGCAUUAUUUAAAGUUGCUGAUACCAAUAAUAAAGGACUGAUUUCUCUACAAGAUUUUGUAAUCUUUGAAAAUUUACUAUUAAAACCCAAUGCAGAAUAUGAAAUUGCCUUCAGAUUGUUUGAUAUUAAAGGCAAAGGUAAAAUCACCAUUGGACAAUUUAAGCAAAUACUACAAUCAUAUUUAAAAAAAUCUGAUAGUAUACCAUUUAAUUUUGAUUGUGAUUGGUUGAAGUUGUAUGCCAGUAAUGAUAAACAUGAAUUGACUUAUGAAGAAUUUUCCCAAUUAUUAAAAGGUUUAGAAGGUGAAAAAAUACGUCAAGAAUUUAUGCAUUACGAUAAGGAGGGUAACGGUUAUAUUAAACCCGACCAAUUCAAACAGAUCAUGCUUUCAACAGCAAAGCAUAAAUUGUCCGAUUUUGUUAUAGAUCAUUUAGAUACUAUAGCAGAUUUAUCAAAAAAUGGCAGAAUCAAUUAUGCAGUGGUAGUUGCUUUUCAUAAUGUUUUGCGUCAGAUGAAUAUGGUAGAAAGAAUUGUGUUGAAGUCGAUUUCGAAUAGUAAAGAUGGAAAAAUCACAAAAAAUGAUUUUAUAAACACGGCUUCAAAAGAAACGUUAUUUUCUUUAUUCACACCACUAGAAAUUGAUAUAGUGUUUCAUUUCGCUCGUCUUCUAGAAAAUAAACCUGACGAUAGAUUAAGCAGAAAUGAUUUUAUUCAACUACUGGAUAAUCAAUGGCAUCAGAAAUCGUCAGAAACUAAACGACGCGUGGCAAUUAUUGAUGUUUACUCGCUUACUUUGGGAUCAAUUGCUGGUUCUGUUGGAGCAACUUCUGUGUAUCCUAUCGAUUUAGUUAAAACUAGAAUGCAAAACCAAAGAACAAAGGUUGUGGGAGAAGUACUAUACAAAAAUAGCAUAGAUUGUUUUCGUAAAGUUUUAAAGUCUGAAGGAAUUGCAGGCCUUUAUAGUGGUUUAGGUCCUCAAUUAAUUGGUGUAGCACCUGAAAAAGCCAUAAAAUUAACAGCCAAUGAUUUUGUGAGAUCACUUUUAACUGAUAAAAAAACCGGCGAAAUUUCGUUUAAACGUGAGAUUUUGUCAGGUGGAGUCGCGGGAGGUUGUCAAGUAUUCACGAAUCCGUUAGAAAUUGUAAAAAUUCGACUUCAAGUACAAGGACAAGCAGCAAAAAGUUACAUAAAACCAACUCCACACAAAUCUGCAUUAUCGAUAGUUAAAACUCUUGGUAUAACGGGGUUAUAUAAAGGAACAUGCGCAUGUUUAUUAAGAGAUAUACCAUUUAGUGCAAUAUAUUUUCCUGCGUACUCACAUAUAAAAAAAGAUUUUUUUCAAGAUGGUAAAGAUGGAAAAAAAUGUGGUUUAGGGGAAUUAUUGUUAUCUGGUGCAAUUGCAGGUAUGCCAGCAGCCUAUUUUACAACACCAGCUGAUGUUAUCAAAACGAGAUUACAAGCAGAAGCUAGACAAGGACAAACUCAAUACAAUGGUAUAAUUGAUGCGACUAAAAAAAUAUGCAGGGAAGAAGGAUUUAAAGCUUUGUUCAGGGGUGGUCCUGCUAGAGUUCUUAGAUCCUCUCCACAAUUUGGCACAACAUUAAUGGUUUAUGAAUUAUUAUAUCGAUGGUUGCCCUGGAAUGAGCCAAAUAAAGUUGCAACUACCAACAUUAAUGACGAUUAUAAUAGUAUGGGCUAUUUAAAAAGUAGAAAUGCUUUAAAAAUUUUGUUGAAACAACUAGCCAUUGAUGAUUCUUUCACAUUUUCACAUUAUUAUGAAACUAGAGUGAAAAAUAAUCUUCUUUCAAUUCCUGAACAUUCUUUAUGGUUUCGGCAAAAAAUUCUUAGUACAGAGGAAAAAGAUACUGCACAUGAUGGGUUUGAUUUUUCAGAUGUUCCAAGUUAUGCAGAUGCAAAACUUAUUCAAGAACAAGAAAGUUUAAGCAAAUUAGAAACAGUCUAUCAAUGUUAUCUUAUGAAGAAGCUGGAUAUUUUUGUUUCCAAAUACCCAAGCAUGCAACUGAAACAUGUAGAUACUCACCAGAAACCUAUUCUUAAGGGACAAAAACCAGAUAUUACCUUCUAUUUGCAAGAUCGAGCCAUCUCAGAUAUCAAUAUUGUUUCUGUUUUAGAGAUCAAAGUCACUGAAAAAGAGGAUGAAUGGGAGGCAACAGGGAUUUUGACAACUUGUCAUCAUAUUCAAUUCAUUAAAGCUGUAUUUACUGAAAAUAAUGAUACCUAUUUCUAUAUAACUGGUAUCUUUCCACUUAGAAAAGUUGGAUCCCAUUAUCUUGCACACCUUUGUUUAUCAACAUCAGAACUUCUUGGAUUUUCACUUCCAACAAUUAAAUACCAAGAAAAAAUAUUUGAGGCAACAGAGAUACUUGGAACUGGUGCAACAAGUACUGCUUACUUACUUGGAAAUGAUUAUGUCAUAAAAGUUUAUAAGCCUAUUUAUGCUGAUAUUUUCAAUUUUGAAAGGGAUGUAUUGAAAAGUUUGGAAGCAGGUGGUGUGAUUAAUAUUCCUUGUUAUGUUAGAUGUGGAAAAACAUCAAAGACAAGUGCCAACUUUAUCUUAAUGAGUGGAGUUGGGUCAUCUCUUAAUGACACAGAUAUUGAUAUACGACAGAUAUUUAUACAAUUACUUGAUGUUAUUAAACAAUCACAUGAUCUUGAGAUUGUUCAUCAAGAUAUUCAUAUACACAAUAUUCUAAUAAAAGACAAAAAUGUAUUACUUAUUGAUUGGGGAUUUGUAGCAAAGUUAGGAAAAGAAACAGCAUAUCAUGGAACUAUCACAACAGUUUCAAAUCACAAUUUAGAAAAGUUAGAAAGUGGAAAUAUAAUGUUCCAAUCAAAGAAAAGUGAUGACCUACAUUCUGUUGUCAGAUGUUAUUACCUUAUUCAAAAUCAACAAAUACAGAAGGAAUUACAUGACCUUGAUAUUUCAAAGUUUGAAUCAAUUAAGAAGUUCUGGAAUACAGAAUUGAGUGCACCAUACUGGAUUGAAUGUAAUAAUGCAGCAGAAAGUGAAGAUUAUAAAAAGCUAAAGGCAUAA